AUGGCGCUCCGCGGACCCCUCCGGCCGCGCAAAGUUCGCAGGAGGCGAGAGAUGCUGCCGCAGCAAGUUGGCUUCGUGUGCGCUGUGCUGGCUCUGGUGUGCUGUGCGUGCGGCCUCUUCGGAAGCUUGGGCCACAAAACAGCUUCUGCCAGCAAACGUGUUCUGCCAGACACAUGGCGAAAUAGAAAGUUGAUGGCACCGAUAAAUGGAACUCCGCCGGCUAAGAACUGCACAGAUCCCGCGAUUCACGAGUUCCCCACAGACCUGUUCUCCAACAAAGAGCGACAGCAUGGCGCUGUCCUGCUUCACAUCCUCGGUGCCCUCUACAUGUUCUACGCCCUGGCCAUCGUGUGUGAUGACUUCUUUGUCCCAUCCCUAGAGAAGAUCUGUGAGAAACUUCAUCUGAGUGAAGAUGUGGCUGGUGCCACCUUCAUGGCUGCAGGAAGCUCAACACCAGAGCUGUUUGCUUCUGUCAUUGGUGUGUUCAUUACCCAUGGAGAUGUCGGUGUGGGGACUAUUGUGGGCUCUGCUGUGUUCAACAUCCUAUGUAUCAUUGGAGUGUGUGGACUCUUUGCUGGACAGGUGGUGCGGUUGACAUGGUGGGCUGUGUGCCGUGACUCUGUGUAUUACACACUCUCUGUCGUCGUGCUCAUAGCGUUCAUAUACGAUGAGGAAAUUGUGUGGUGGGAAGGCCUGGUGCUCAUCAUCUUGUAUGUGUUUUAUAUUCUUAUCAUGAAAUACAAUAUGAAGAUGCAGACGUUUUUCACAACCAAACAAAAGAGCAUUGCAAAUGGUAACCCAGUCAGCAGCGAGCUGGAAGAUGGUAAUGACCUCUAUGACGGUAGCUAUGACGACCCUUCUGUGCCAUUGCUGGGGCAAGUGAAGGAAAAACUUCCCUAUGGCAAGACCCCUGUGGUGAUGGUGGAUGAGAUUAUGAGCUCCAGCCCUCCCAAGUUCACCUUCCCUGAGGCUGGCCUGCGCAUCAUGAUCACCAACAAGUUUGGGCCCAGAACCCGACUACGGAUGGCCAGCAGGAUCAUAAUUAAUGAGCGACAGAGGUUGAUCAACUCAGCCAAUGGUGUUAAUAGCAAGCCACUGCAGAAUGGGAGACAGGAGAACAUGGAGAAUGGGAAUGUUCCUGUGGAGAACCCUGAAGACCCACAGCAGGGCCAGGAGCAGCAGCCACCACCACAGCCGCCACCUCCAGAACCAGAGACAGUAGAGACAGUCUUCCUGUCCCCAUUCUCAAUGCCUGAGGCAAAAGGCGACAAGGCUAAGUGGGUGUUCACUUGGCCCCUCAUCUUCCUCCUCUGCGUCACCAUCCCCAACUGCAGCAAGCCCCGCUGGGAGAAGUUCUUCAUGGUCACCUUCAUCACGGCCACGCUGUGGAUCGCCGUGUUCUCCUACCUCAUGGUGUGGCUGGUGACUAUUAUUGGAUACACUCUUGGGAUCCCUGAUGUCAUCAUGGGCAUCACCUUCCUGGCAGCAGGCACGAGUGUUCCAGACUGCAUGGCCAGCUUGAUUGUGGCAAGACAAGGACUUGGAGACAUGGCAGUCUCUAACACCAUCGGAAGCAAUGUGUUUGACAUCCUGGUGGGGCUUGGCAUCCCGUGGGGCCUGCAGACCAUGGUUAUUAAUUAUGGAUCCACAGUGAAGAUCAACAGCCGGGGACUGGUCUAUUCCGUGGUGCUGUUGCUGGGGUCCGUCGCUCUCACUGUCCUUGGCAUCCACCUCAACAAAUGGCGCCUGGACCGAAAGCUGGGCAUCUACGUGCUGGUCCUGUAUGCCAUCUUCCUGUGCUUCUCCAUAAUGAUAGAGUUUAACGUCUUUACCUUCGUCAACUUGCCCAUGUGCCGAGAAGACGACUAAAGCUGAGCUG